AAUAGGCAGAUGUCAAACACUGCAGAAUUAUUUGCUGAUAUUUUUUAUUUUUUUCCAAUUCUACAGAUGUCUGAAACAGAUACAGACAUAGGGAAAGUUAGAACACAGAGCUUUGAAAAUGAUCAGAGAACAACUUCCGUGUUGCUGAAAGAAGAACAUCAGUUAGCAAAUAAAGACGACAAAUCUAUGAAAAGUAUUGUUCUUAGCUCAGUAUCAGAAUUCAGCAUCACAGAUGUGCCAUCCAAAGACACCAGAAGUGACAGAAAACUCUCGGACUCUACUACAUCUUCAUUAUCAUCACUUCAGAAAUGUGAAACACAGUUCAGCUACCUUGAAGAUGCUGCAUCAGGCCACGAAAGAGACAAUAAUGAUGAAUGUGCCACACUCAUCUUGGCCUGCUUAUUCUGCCAGUUUUGGGAGUUUCUGUUCAUGUUGCCCGACGUCUGUGAAAACUGGCUGAUCGAUACGUGCUGCCCUUCCCAUAGAUAUCUCCAAACAUCAAGCGAUACUUCCAACAAUGGUGACUGCGGUUGCAACUGUGACAUUGAUUGCAGCAUCCUUGAGUCUUGUCAGGAAAGUGGAGAAUGUCUUGAACUGGCUCUGGAAAUCUCACAAGUCUGUUAUCACUAGAGUAAAAAUACUGGUGAGGUUCCUUCGAAAACCAUCCUUGAGGAAACCGAAGGAUGGAUUGAUUUAAACCAUAGUAGCAAGCAUACAGCAACAUGUUUGCCAGCUUCACCCGUUUAAAUGCAUCUUGUUUUAAAUCCUGUGCAGUCUGUAUAGCUUGUGCCCUCUCGCGUCAAAUUUAAGAUGUUCUGGAUGAGAAACUGUCUUGUAAUGGAGUUUAAGAAUCAUGUA